UGGAGGACUGAAGUUGGUUGUGAUCAGCUAUCGCGAGAAGUGAAUUGUGGUAUUUAUACUGCAUUCGAGCCUCUCGCCGCCUGCAGUCCACUCUCCUCUUCUGUGUGUGGUGAGGUAAAGCUGAGUUAGACUGAAGAUGGCUGCAGGCAAAGCACAAAUUGGAAAGCUGGCCCCAGACUUCACAGCUAAGGCGGUGAUGCCAGACGGACAGUUCCACGACCUGAAGCUGUCUGACUACAGAGGGAAAUAUGUUGUCUUUUUCUUCUAUCCGCUGGACUUCACCUUUGUGUGUCCAACUGAGAUCAUCGCUUUCAGUGACGCUGCCGAGGACUUCAGGAAGAUCGGCUGUGAGGUCAUCGCCGCCUCUGUCGACUCACACUUCUCCCAUUUCGCAUGGACCAACACACCGCGGAAGCAGGGCGGUCUGGGUGCCAUGAAGAUCCCCCUGGUGUCUGACACUCGACGCACCAUCUCCACAGAUUAUGGUGUCCUGAAGGAGGAUGAGGGCAUUGCCUACAGGGGUCUGUUUAUUAUUGACGACAAGGGCGUCCUGAGACAGAUCACCAUCAAUGACCUCCCUGUUGGACGCUCAGUCGAAGAGAGUAUGCGUCUGGUCCAAGCCUUUCAGUUCACUGACAAACAUGGAGAAGUGUGCCCAGCCGGCUGGAAACCAGGAAGUGACACCAUCAAACCUGACGUCCAGAAAAGCAAAGACUUCUUCUCCAAGCAGUAAUAAGGCCAGGCCCAGAGUCUGCAGCCUGCUGUAGGAGAUUUCCAGAGAACAAUAUUUAAGUCAGUUGCUGUGCCUGUGGAGGACUCGUUGUGACAGUUUUUGUAAUGUUGUGUUGUGUAGAGUUAAAAGUGCUGUUAUGAACGGAGUAUAUCAUUGUGUAAUCAUGUGCUUGUAAUGUUUGCUAUUUUCACAUUCAGACUGAGCUAAAAGUUUGUUCUUUCUUACUCUCCCCUACUGUUGUUAGAUGCAAAUGGCUCAAACUUCAUUUGAAUGAAACAACAAGUACCUCUUUACAUUUUGUCGUACUUUUUAUUUUAAUUUUUACAGUGAACAACACAUGUAAACUUUAAUCUAAAUAAAAAAAAUAUUAUUUAUAA